CCGGCGGCACUGCGUACGAGUGCUGCUGCGAUUAGCCAUGCUGAGGAGAACGCUGCCAAGGCUGGCCUCGGUGAAGGACCGGAUGGCCGGCGCGGCCAAGAACGCCGUGAAGGGCGACGAGCACUUCCCCGCGCUCAAGGGCCACCCGGCCGCGCGUGUCCACGCACGAGAGGCCGCGGAGAAGCAGGCCGGCCUCGCCGCCGCAGAGGAAGAGAAGAAGCGCAGCGGCAAGCCCACGACGGUGAAGGAGUUCCAGAUAUACCGGUGGAACCCGGACGCGCAUGGCCGGCCGUUCCUGCAGUCCUACUUCGUCGACCUCGGCACGUGCGGCCCAAUGGUGCUGGACGUGCUCCAGAAGAUCAAGUCGGAGCACGACUCGACGCUGGCGUUCCGCCGGUCUUGCCGGGAGGGCAUCUGCGGGUCCUGCUCCAUGAACAUCGACGGGGUGAACACGGUGGCGUGCCUGAAGUCCAUCGACACCGACACGUCGACGGCGACCAUGAUCACGCCGCUGCCGCACAUGUACGUGGUGAAGGACCUCGUCGUCGACCUCACCAACUUCUACCAGCAGUACAAGUCCAUUGAGCCGUGGCUCAAGACGAAGCGUGGGGCGCCGGAGGGGCGGGAGCACGCGCAGUCGCCGGCCGAGCGGCGGAAGCUGGACGGGCUGUACGAGUGCAUCCUGUGCGCGUGCUGCAGCACGGCUUGCCCCUCCUACUGGUGGAACUCGGAGGAUUUCCUCGGCCCCGCCGCGCUGCUCCACGCCUACCGCUGGGUCUCAGACAGCCGCGAUGACUACGGCGAGGAGCGGAUCCAGGCGCUGUCGGAGGGGUGGGACAAGCUGUACAGGUGCAGGAUGAUCAAGAGCUGCACGGCGACGUGCCCCAAGAGCCUCGACCCGGCCACGGCCAUCUCCGCCUUGAAGACCAUGCACCAGCUCCGCAAGGCGUGACACCACCGGGAGCCCGCACAGCGAUGUCAAUCGGUGGCUCCGGCAGCUGAAUCACAGUGAUUUGAUUGACAACGUGUGUAGCGUAUGGUGAUCUGGAAACUAAAUAAUGACUUGGUAAUUGUAAUUGUACUGGCAGGUGAAUCACGACAAUGUUCAUCGCAGGCACAGGUGAUGGGUUUCCUCUUUGCGCA